AUGAAUGACACAGGUGAUUCUUACGAGAACUUAUCUCGGAGAACAAGUCGACAUAAUAAUGAUGAAAUGAAACUUUACCAAGAAAUGAUGGCAGAAAGAAUGUUGUGUAAGUGAAGACAGUGGCAACUGCAAUUGAUGUAAUGUUGUUAUAGGUCUUAAGGCCAUGCUACACGAGGCUUCAACUUGCAACGCAAAAAUUUCUGACACAUGUUAUCUUCAAAAAAGUCGCAGGAAAAUCUGUAUCCGCGAAUAUUAUGUAGAUGUUGCAGCAAAAAGAAAUGUCGGAUAUACGUUCAGUUCAAGUGAAGAAUUCAAAGAAAAUCAUAAAAUUAGAUAUCUUUCAAUCCCAAAGUGGAUGGAAUAAGUUUAUUAUUGGUUUCCCAAGUCUCCUGCCCUGAGGCUUCUAAAAAUCUCUAAAUAACAAGUUAUUUCAUAAAUCCUUGUUAUGUUUCAGGUAUGGGAUCGUCUCGUGUAAACGAGGCCCUUCACGCCGUGGUCGAGAACAAGUUACAUGAAACUGCACUGUCGGAAAGUAACAACAGUGUGUUGGAAAGAAAUCGUGCUCUACUUCAAUACAUUGCAACUUUAGCAGACUCAAACAAAAAGGAUGAUCGUUUUAACUAUGAAUUCGUGGAAUCUCUUAUUGAAGGUGGCGCUAAUAUCAACAUUACUGAUCAACAUGGACAAUCAAUAUUUCAUGAGGUCGCGCGAUCUUGGAAUGUUGAUGUUGCAAAAUUUCUUCUGGAGCAUGGUGAGUAUAGUACAGCAUAAAACCACUAGUAUAUUUAGUAUACAUGUUUCAAUUAUUUGCAAAUUUUUGGAAGGUGUUGGGCCAACAAUGUUGGGACCUGUUUAACUUUUCGUCAGGAAUAGCCGCGCGUCACAAAAUUAUCAGUGCAGUACGAAAAGUUCGUGUCGCAAUUACCUUUAUAAAGUGAUUUGAAUUGGAACUUUAUAUCCGCACAGGUGUAGACAACAACACAUUAUACCUAUCUUCAGUUUUGAUGUAUUUCUUUGCAAAGACAAUUUCCAAAUUCACCAAAAUCACUUGAUUUGAUAAACUAGCAUCAUCAUAUAUAGAUGGAGAAAUAAACAAGCAAGACAGUUUUGGUCGAACACCUCUACACGUCGCAGUCUCAGAGGACUUUGCUGAAAUGGUGGAAUUUCUGUUACAAAAUGAUGCAGAUAUUGAUGUCAGAACAUCGGGUGAAAUACAAGCUCCAAUUCAUUAUGCGGCAAAGAAUGGUGCUGCUAAGUCGCUCAAGCUGCUGCUGGGAUAUCAAGCGAAUAUUGAUUCUCUAGAUUACAGACAGCGAACCCCAUUACAAGUAAGUACAUUCCUGUAA